AUGGCCCAGGUAAGUCACACCGAACUGGCCCCGCAACCCCGCCAUUGCACCCCGCCGCUGACACGCACGAUUCCACGACGGCAGAACAACUCCUUCAUCCUCGAGAAGCCGGGAAGCGUCAAAUAUGAAGACAGGCCGAUUCCGCAGCUCAAGAACGAGCAUGAUGUGAUUGUCAACGUCAAGUACACCGGAAUCUGCGGCAGCGAUGUCCACUACUGGGUCCACGGGCGCAUCGGGUCCUUCGUCGUCGAGGCGCCCAUGGUGCUCGGGCACGAGUCGUCGGGCGUGAUCCACAGCGUCGGGUCGGCGGUGACGUCGCUGCGGCCGGGCGACCGCGUGGCCAUGGAGCCGGGCAUCCCGUGCCGGUACUGCGUGCGCUGCAAGGAGGGCAACUACAACCUCUGCUUCGACAUGCGCUUCGCCGCCACCCCGCCCUACGACGGCACCCUCGCAAAGUACUACGCGCUGCCCGAGGAUUUCUGCUACAAGCUCCCCGACAGCGUCAGCCUCGAGGAGGGCGCCCUCGUGGAGCCGGCGAGCGUGGGCGUGCAUAUUUGUCGUAUGGCGAAGGUGGCGCCGGGGGAGAGCGUCGUCGUGUUUGGGGCCGGGCCGAUCGGGCUGUUGUGCUGUAAGGUGGCGAGGGAGGUGUUUGGCGCCACGAGGGUGGUGGUGGUGGAUGUGAAUGAGGAGAGGCUGGAGUUUGCGAGGGGGUAUGCCGCCACGCAUGUGUUUAGGAGCGGGAAGGUGUCGCCCGAGGAGAAUGCGAAGAAGAUGAUUGAGGAGUGUGGCCUCGGCCCUGGUGCCGACGUUGUCAUUGAUGCGAGUGGCGCCGAGGUGUGCAUUCAGACGGCCAUUCAUGUUGCGAGGACCGGUGGCCGCUUCACGCAGGGCGGUAUGGGCAAGCCCGACAUCACUUUCCCCAUCGGCGCCAUGUGCGCCAAGGAGCUCCGCGUCACGGGAAGCUUCCGCUACUCGUCCGGCGACUAUCAGCUCGCUGUCGACAUGAUUGCCUCGGGAAGGCUGAGCGUCAAGGAGCUCAUCAGCAAGAAGGUGUCCUUCGAGGGCGCGGAGGAGGCGUUCAGCAACGUCAAGCAGGGUAAUGGCAUUAAGUGGCUCAUUGAGGGUCCGAAUUAA